GAGGUGGAAUUGGAAGCCCCACUAAGAUAGUACUGACACUGGAUGACUUGGUCUUCAUCAACACCACACUCAGCAGGAGGAAGCUGAAUGAGGAGAGUAUGGUGAAGAGUCAACUAGAUGUUAAAACCCCUCACCACUCAGUUUCAGGUCGCAGUUACAUUACGUCAACUCCUGAAACGUCCAAUGUUGCUGUUUUUGAGGGUGACUGGGUCUGGCUGAAGAAAUGCCCUUGUGGAGAUUCUGUUUCAGAAAUCAGUGACAGCACUCAGACCAUCUUUAUCAAGCUGAGAGACAUGCGUCAUGAGAAUCUGAACCUGUUUCUAGGUCUGUUCUUGGAUACUGGCAUAUUUGGCGUUGUUAUGGAGCAUUGCACCAGAGGCAGCCUGGAAGACCUGCUCAACAACGAGGAAAUGAGACUGGACUGGAUGUUCAAAUCCUCUCUUCUUCUUGACCUGAUCAGGGCAAUGAAGUACUUGCAUAAUCGUGGGAUCAUUCAUGGACGCCUCAAGUCAAGGAACUGUGUGGUAGAUGGUCGGUUUGUCCUGAAGGUUACGGAUUAUGGCUUAAAUGAAAUCAUCAACUCUCAAAACAUCAUCCUGGAGGACACCAAACCAGAGGAUAAAUUUUGGACAGCUCCAGAGAUCCUGCGCAAUCCUAAACUGAAGAAGAAGGGGACGUAUCCAGCUGAUAUAUACAGCUUUGCUAUUAUCAUGCAGGAGGUGAUCUCUCGCUGUGCACCCUUCGGCAUGUUGGAUAUGCCUCCUGAAGAAAUCAUAGAUAAGGUGUGCUCUCCUCCACCGCUGUGCCGACCCACUGUGUCUGUGGAUGAAGCGCCGCUGGAGGUGAUUCAGAUCAUGAAGCAGGCCUGGAGCGAGGAGCCUGACAAGAGACCCACGUUUAAGGAGAUCUUUAGACAGUUUAAGAAUGUGAACAAGGGAAAGAAGACAAAUAUAAUUGACUCAAUGUUAAGGAUGCUGGAGCAGUACUCCUCAAACCUGGAGGAUCUGAUCCGAGAAAGGACUGAAGAACUAGAGGUAGAGCGUCAGAAAACUGAUGCUCUUCUAGCCCAGAUGCUGCCCAAAUCUGUGGCCUUGGCUUUAAAGACAGGGAAGCCAGUGAAGCCGGAGCACUUUUCAGAUGUCACACUAUAUUUCAGUGAUAUUGUGGGUUUUACCACCAUCUCUGCUCUGAGUGAACCUAUCGAAGUGGUCGAUCUGCUUAACGACCUCUACACACACUUUGAUGGAAUCAUCGCAAUCCACGAUGUCUACAAGGUAGAGACUAUUGGUGACGCGUACAUGGUGGCAUCAGGGGUUCCAAACCGUAACGGUAACCGUCACGCAGCAGAGAUGGCCAACAUGUCUCUGGACAUUCUGCACUGCAUCGGAACAUUUAAAAUGACUCACAUGCCUGACGUCAAAGUCAAAAUCCGCAUUGGACUCCAUUCUGGUCCAGUGGUAGCAGGUGUAGUUGGGUUGAAGAUGCCUCGGUACUGUCUGUUCGGGGACACAGUAAACACAGCCUCCCGAAUGGAAUCCACAGGGUUGCCUUACAGAAUUCAUGUCAACCAGAGUACUGUUGAUGUCCUGAACAGCCUCAAACUUGGCUACAAAAUAGAUAGUAGGGGCAGGACAGAGCUCAAGGGUAAAGGUGUAGAGGAAACAUUCUGGUUGGUUGGGAGAGAUGGAUACAACAAGCCAUUACCUGUACCGCCAGACCUUACUCCUGGGUAA